AAAAAAUAAUGAAAAAUUGCUGGUAAUUGAGAUGCUACGAUAGCAAAGUCUGCUCAAGAAUGAAAGAUCGAGCGGUUAUUAUCAUUCGAUGUGAUCUUCUUGGCAAUCAUAUAUUUCUGAGAAUAUUUAUUUUUAUUAUUAAAAAACUAUCUAAUUUUAGAUAAAAAUUUAAGAGGUCUCAUAACAAUACUAAAGUACGAGUUUUUCUUCUGAUUAAGGGAAAGCAAACUCAAUAAAUCUGUUUUUCAAAAAUAUUUUCAUUCGAUAGUGUAGCUCUGCAUGAAAUUCAUUAAAAAUUUUUCAAAAGUACAGGUAUUUCAAGUACGAUGGAAAAAUUUAUCCAAAUACGAUUGGUGUUUGAUAAAUUCGACGUGAAGGAUUUUUUAUUCAAUAUUUAGUUUCAACAACAGUAUUUUCAAGAAUAAAGAAGCUUGGCAAUAAGCUUUGUUUCCAACCCAAAGUAUGGAAAUUGGUUUUUUCAUUUUAAUACAAAGGAUUCAGUCGGAAUAUGGUUCUCAUAUAAGAACAUACGGCUGCGUUAGAAUAAGUAUUGUACAAAAUUUUCUAUCUAUAAAAUGUUUCUUUAGAAUCAACGCUAAAUUGAUUUCGUGGAAAAAUGUUUAUGCCAUAAAAAAUGGUGGUUUUUGAUACAAUUGUCGAGGCCCAAAUUUACGUAAGAACGGUAAUUGUGAUGAUUUCGGCAAUAAUUAUCGGAAUGACAAAAAAGGGGAAAAAUUUGAGCGGAAAUGAUAGGAAAUAGCCGAGGGGCGAGUGGACAUUGACUGUCGUUUUAUUUGAAAAUACUUCUUAGUAAUCGGUCAGCAUAUAUAUUAUCAAGGACAGAUAAGAAUGGAACUCGUUUGAUUUCGUCAUAGUAUACCAAGUUUUCUCGUGUCUCACACGAGUUUGCAUUAUUGUUGAUCUCUUUCUCGAGAGCAGGGAAGUUUGCCAAAAUUCAUGUCCCCUUGGUGCUCGUAUAUUUGCGGUGUCAUAGUGGAGGAAUAUAUUUUUCGCCUUCCUUUUGUUUUUGUUAACGUGCGCCGCCACGUUGUCUCGAGAGGGUAGGGAGAAUCUCGAAACGACGUUUCAAAGUUUCAGGUCGUCGAUAAUUUCGUCCGUGAUACACUUACAUGCAUAUGCAUAUUUAAUUCACAUAAAAUCUUUUACUCAUGCGAAUAGACAAAAAGACAAAACCGGAAAAACUCAUCAUGUAAACUUUAUAUACACAUGUCUACAAAGCUGUUUAUAAAUCGAAGGAAACACAUGAGCAAAAGCUGACUACGCACAUGACCGUGAAAAUAAAAAAAUCGUGGCUUACGAGAAAAGAUGAGGACUGUGUUCGUGAAAUUUCGUGAGGUUACGCAGAAAUAUCCUGUUGUCAGGGGGAUGGCUUCGUAUUGCGUGAUUUGGCCUGUCGGGAGCCUUCUUCAACAAAAGAUUGCUGGUAACAAAGAACUCAAUUAUACUCAGGCCUUUCGGUUUAGCCUCUACGGAGGUUUCUUUGUUGCUCCUACCCUCUAUGCUUGGCUCAAAUGUGCAUCCUACCUCUGGCCAAAGAGCAAUUUGAGGUCUGCGAUUACUAAGGCUCUUGUUGAACAAGUUACUUAUGGUCCGGCGGCGAUGUGUUGUUUUUUCUUUGGAAUUAAUCUGCUGGAAUUCAAACCUGUCUCGGAAUGCGUAGAGGAAGUGAGGCAGAAGUUUUGGCCAACAUACAAAAUCGGCGUUUGCGUCUGGCCAGUUUUGCAGACCAUUAAUUUUGUUCUAAUUCCCGAGCGUAAUCGAGUUGUUUAUGUGAGCGUUUGCAGCCUCAUGUGGACGUCGUUUCUGGCUUAUAUGAAAUCACUUGAGAGUAAAAAGCUUCAUGAGUCAGUAACAAAUAAACCAGAAUUAGAAGCAAUGAAAAGUGAUAGUAGAAUAUUAGAUAAACAAAAAUAAUUUCAACUGCAAUGAUUACAUUGUACGAAUAGCCGAAUUGCCAUAUAUAUCUGUAUAUAUUUAUUUAUUAUGUCAUACAUGAAAUAUUUUUGGAUUAUUCGAUCUGAACAAAACCAUGAAUUUUACAAUAUUUGUUCUGAAAUAAAGUAAGGUCAAUAUUGAAUCAUUCUCUCUGUAAUGUCAAAUUUGAAAGUUAUUCAUAAAUAUCUUAUGAAACACAGAUAACAAAAGUCAAACUUAUUCUGAAUCAAAAUUCAGAUAUUGAGAAUUAAGAUUCGUCAAUUUCUAUUCUGAAAGUAUACAAACCUUUGAAAGUAGAAUGACCAGAGUAAAUAUGUAAUUUAAAAAAUGGUUGAAACUUGGUUUCCAUAGAUAAAAAGAGAGCUAGAAAAUUUUCAUUGAGGAGAAUUUCACGUAUGUUCAAAUAAAUAUUCAUAUACAAUCUAUUUUGAAAAUUAGGUGGAUCGCUGUUUUGCGAAACGUGUUGAUUAUACGUAAAAUUUAGGUAUGAUUCGUUUUGCCAAACCAUUCCUAGGAAAAAAUAUCUUUUACAAUUCAAUGUGUAUAGUUCCGAAUGGAAAAAGUGUUGAUAGUUGCAAAUGAUCGUGAUAUCGUUUCAACUGGAUUGGAAAGUAUUUUCUAUUAGUCCUGUAUACAAAUAUUUUUUACUGUACCUCAAGGAUUAACGAAAAAGAAUAACAUGUGUUCCACUUUGUCUAGCGAAGGACAAAAAAUGAAUAGAAUUAUUGACUGUUGACCUGUCUAUUACUGAAUUAUAUCGAUGUUUCAUGAAAAACGUUACAUUCAUGUUACAAAUUACGACGUGAUCUCGUUCACAACAAUGUACAAAAAAUAUCAAUGUUAUUGACAAUAAAUUAGACCUGUUUUAAGUGA